AUGGAACAAAAUAUUAAAUUAAUUUUAUAUGUUAAAAUUGCUGCUUUUAUCCUAUUAACGUGGAUAUGUCAUUUUAACAAUUAUAAGCUUUCUCUUAACAGAUAUUUUGAUGAGUAUUACAACAAUGGUAGAAAAAUAUAUAUAAGAAAUUCUAGAUUAUUAGCAAAACCUAAGCAAGAAUUGAAUUUAAAUGUUUUAAGUUUAAAAAAAGAUAAACCAAUUAGUGCAAAGCGGGAAAAAGGAAAUAACAAAAAAUCCAAUAGAAUAUCAUUAAAUAAUGCCAGAUACUAUACAGAAGUUGUGGAUUAUAAUAAUAGCAUGUUUGAUGGAAAACAUUUCCAUUUUGAAAAAAAAUGGAUUAGGAAAAAAGAUUAUGAUACUUUUGUUGAAAAAAACAGUAGAGUUGCAGAUAUAGCUUUAAAAAAAAUAAAAUUUAGGAAUUACAGUUUUGGAGUUGUUAUAUUUAUUCUUUUUUUUUUGUUAGGAAUAGGAUUACCUAUAUUAAAAGGAUUAGAAGCAUCAAAGGAAUUUGGAAAAAAUUUAGGAUUUAUGAAAACUUUUUGGGAAUAUAUAGAUACCGCGUUUAAACAAAUAGGAGUAAACCAAGAUUCUUAUGGUAUAUUUUUUUCUAUAGUUAUCAUUGUAUUAGGAGUUAUACUUAUAAUAGCGAUUCCUAAAAUCUUGAGGAAUAAUGAAAAAUAUAAAAAAAUUAAGUUGAUGUAUAAAUAA